UGAUUCGGUUCACAGUCAAGAUGCAGAUCCAGAGGCUUCUACGAGCUGCAAUCAUCGUUUCACUUUUGGGUUGCGUCGUCGCCCAGGCCACAGACAUCACCGACUCCCUGGAUGGUUACAUACACGAGAACCAGCGGCAGAACGAUGACAGGUUGAAGUUCUAUGAGUAUCAGUUGGAAAACUUUCGAAUCCUGUUUGCCAAGCAGCUGGAGCCCAUCGAUGUUCAGGCGGACUCAAUGCAGCUCAAGCUGGAGGAGGCCUCCGAUCGCCUGGGACCCAUCGCUCAAAUCGACUCCUGGACCAAGCAGUGCGUCCAGAACUAUAGCUCCAGCCUUCCAACUAUCAGCGCAGCCCGAAAAUCCAUUACCAGUUGCAAGAGUCCGAUCAGCACCAUUUUAAACUCGGCCGAAAGCACCCUUAACUUGCUGAAGACCCAGUACUCGAAGACUCUGGUGAACUCCCUGGCCAGCUGUGUCAAGCUGUAUUCGACUCAAAAGCUGAACUACACGAUGUGUGUGACCAAGGCGAUCGGUGACAACAAUAGGUAUACCUUGACCAACCAGGACACCUUUAAUGCCAACAUGAAAAGCGCCGAGUGCUCGGCCAAUGAGAAGGUCAGAACCUCCUGGCUAUGUACCUUCAAGCAGGUGUACUCCAUGAGUUCUGCCGUGGAAAUCGCAGUGAGACUCGUGGACACCUGCAUUGAACAUCAGACGGUGUGCGGCUCGGUUGCCUGCCUCUCCAGCUGUCCCCAUGUCACGGGCAUAGCUUUGGCGGAUGUCCGGGAUAAGUCCACCAUCACGAAUCCCUUCAAGACAGUUUCUGCGGACAUGGGUUGUCUGGAGUUUAGAUUCAAUUGAUGGAGGCUCAAGAACGAAGUAAACAGAUGUAGUUUUGAUGAAAAUGUAAAGUAAAUUAUUAACUUAAAUGGUAAAGUGGUGAAUUUAUGUUUGCUGUUAGAAAAAUUUCUUUAGCAACCCCUAUUUACUCUAUAUUUAAUAUAUUUAACUAAAAAGAACGAAACUUUUACAAACAAACGCCUGGCCGAGGCGAUAAAGUGAAGUUCCAAAAUUCCACAAGCUUUUCUACGAAAUAAAGAACAGUUUACUUUCAACCCAACAAA